UCCCGCCGUGCGCCGGAUCGCAUCUCUCUUGCCCUUGAAACCCCACGUUUCUCUGCUCAUCUUUCGAGCUGUGAUCUGUGCUGGUUGUGGGAGUUGUAGGAAGGACUCAGGGAGAUUCAGAAAACCUAGAAAUGGACUUAGUGGCCUUGGAGGAUGUUAAUGUGAAGUUCACCAUGGAGGAGUGGGCUUGCCUGAAUCCGACCCAGAAGAAACUCUACAAAGAUGUGAUGCAGGAAACCUUCAGGAACCUGGCAUCAAUAGCAUGUAUUUUAGAAGAAAAAUGGGAAGACCACGACGGUGAAGAUCAGUAUGAAAAACAUGGGACAAAUCUUAGCCACAUAAGAUUGCCCACUGAACUGAAGCUAUUCCAGUGUCAGAAAUAUGAAGAGGAGUCUUAUAAAUGCAAGGAAUGUGGGAAAGCUUUCAAGCGUCGCCGAUAUGUUCGAGUGCAUGAAAAGAAACACAGUGCAGAAAAGCCCUAUGAGUGUACAAAAUGCGGUAAAGCCUACAGGUAUUCAAGUAACUUACAUAGACACGCAGAAAUUCAUACGCGAGAGAAACCGUAUGAGUGUAAGAGGUGUGACAAAUCCUGGAGUACACUCACCACAUACAAAAGACAUAUGAUCAAGCAUGUUAGAUGUGGCCCUUUUAAAUGUAAGGAAUGUGGGAAAGAUUUCAGUUGUCUAAGAAACUUUGAAAGUCAUGAAAUGACACAUAGGGGAGAAGAGCCCUAUUAUUGUAAUGAAUGUGGUAAAGCUUUCAGUUUACUCAGUUAUCUUAUAAAACACAGAAGAUCUCAUGAUGGAAAGAAACCUUAUAAAUGUAAGGAAUGUGGUAAAGGUUUCCGUUAUCCCAAUUUACUUAGGAAUCAUGAAAAAACUCAUAUUGCGGAGAGACCCUAUGAAUGUAAGCAGUGUGGGAAAGCCUUUAGGAGUCCCAGUUACUGUCGAAUACAUGAAAGAACACACAGUGAAGAAAAGCCCUAUGAGUGUAUAGAGUGUGGUAAAGCCUUCAGUUUACUUACAUAUCUUAGCAGACAUAAAAAAAUUCAUGAUGGAAAGAAGCCUCAUGAAUGUAAGGAAUGUGGUAAAGCUUUCCUUUAUUCCACUUUCCUCAGAAUUCAUGAAAAAACUCAUACUGAGGAGAAACCCUAUAAAUGUAAGCAGUGUGGGAAAACCUUUAGGAGUCCCAGUUACUGUCGAUUACAUGAAAAAAUACACAGUGGAGAAAAGCCCUACAAAUGUAAAAAAUGUGGUAAAGCCUUUGGUUACCCAAGUAGUUACCGUAAACAUGUGAAUACGCGUUGCAGAGAUAAGCCCUGAUAAUGUAAAGAAUGUGGGAGAACCGCAUUUAUGGCUCAGCUCUGCAGUCACCUAUGAUAAUGCAGAUUAGAGAUGGACCCUGUAAAUGUAAGGUCUGUUGGAAAGCAUUUAUUUCUUCCAGUUUAGUAUAAAGAAUGAAAGAACUGUCAAUGUAAAGAUUGUUAGGAAAGCCUUCCAUCAUCCCAGUUCUUUAGAAAAUCAUGGAAGAACUCAUACCUAAGAGAAAGUCUACGCAUAUGAGGAACAGGGGAGAGCCUUUUGUAGACAUGUAAGAAUGCACAUGGGAGAGCCACUGUACACAUGCAAAGAAUGUAG